UAUAAAUUGCAGCAUCUUGUGCCCAGGGUAUUGGACCCCCCUGAGGUCGGAGACAGGAUGAAGCCCUUCGUUACAAUUGUGCUUGUGAUUGGCAUUUACUUGCCGGGAUCGGACAGUGCAGGAUUGGAUGCGAAAUCAGUGAUAUUCUCAAGCAAAACAUCCGACAGCUUCGUCAGGUUGCAUGCGGCUCACUUCAACAAUUUGACCGCCUUUACUGCCUGUUUCAGGGCAGCCUCUGAAGCCGGUCACUCUUACAGCUUGCUCUCCUACGCAACGAGCUUUUCCGACAACGAACUGCUGAUUUGGGAAGAAUCUGAAACACAACUCUGGUUGUAUUUAGGAACAUUUAUAACAAAGUUUUACAUCACAGAAAUGGAUGCUAUACUGAGACACAUCUGUGUGACCUGGGAGUCUCAAGUGGGUGAGAUAACAGUCUGGGUUAAUGGGAGACGCAGUAUACGGAAGAUUGGUCGAGGUUAUAUUGUGAAAGGGUCUGGUCAGUUUAUUCUAGGUCAGGAACAAGACUCAGUUGGUGGAGGUUUUGAUUCCAAGCAGUCGUUUGUCGGAGAGAUCUCUGAUGUUCACCUGUGGGAUCAUGUUCUCAAACCCAAUGACAUAGAGAUGAUUAGUCAGGGUUGUUUCAGUAAAGGAGGGAACAUCAUUGACUGGAGAUUAACAAUAUUUACAGCACGAGGGUACGUAAGAAUUAUAGAUAAUAAUGAUUGCACGUUUUGAAUUUUCUGGCUACAAAAACCAAUAAAAUGCGCAGAGGGAAACCCAAUGUCCUCAACUACUCUUGCUGAAUAUGACCUUGCUUUGCGAUCUUUCCUCUCUAAACCAGAUCAGCGGAAUUAGUGGUGUUAUUCCAGAAUAAAGGGCUGUUUACGUCGACGUAAGGAACAACUUACUGAGUCCAGGGACUGCUCAAAACAGACAAGUCCGCCCUCUUUAACCAGACUCCCCUCCUCGUCCAUUCUGCUGGUGCCCUUUCUCAAAUCCCACCGGGAACAUUUGGGCAUCCCAGUUAAAAGGUGCAGCAGUACAGAGCAGUGUCCAGGGCAUUGGGUGCCAUCUCUCUGACACACACAUGUAGACAAGAAAGCGUCAGGGGCACGGGGUGGUGGUGACGGGCAGACACGGACUGUGGGAAAGUCCCUGUGGUGGAGGCUGAUCCUGUCUUGAUUUAGAUUGUGCUGAUUGGAAUUAUUACUGUCUCUCUCUGUAUUUAACCUCUUGAUUUCACAUUGUUCAUUACACCAAAUGUUGGAAAGCUCACAAUGUGUUCUGUGCUUCUAGUGAUUGUGAUUGAACUGUAACAUUGCAGUUUCAUCAGCUUAAUAAACAAGCAUCAAAACAA